AAAGCUUGGGGGAGGAGGAGUGCUGAACGCCAACAUUUCGAUACUUAGCAAACCACAAGCUCGGGGCACAGGCUGUCAGCAGACAGGAACCAGCUGAUCCACAUUGUAGAAAAUUCAAUUUAAGCGCGAGCCACUGUGAAAGUUGAAACUGGGAAAGAAAACACAGGACUUUUCACAAUCAGGAGGCUUUUGACUCAGAAAUGGUGCUUCAUCAGUAAACUAUUCUUUCGAUCGGACUUACUAGACUGAAAGUCUGCAGUUCAGUCUGACAAGGAUGGCAGAGCAAGAAGUCUUCCCCAUGAAGAAAAGUCUGAGCUCGCUUUCUGUGGGUGGCCAGGAGAGAAUCAGAGAUUCACUCGAUCUGCUGUCACCAGGUCAGCCAUCCAUGUUCGGCCUGGUCAAGAGACACUCGUCCGGAACUCUGCAGCUACCUCCAUUGUCAUGGCGACAGUCUGCACUAUACGACGGCUGCAGGUUGCCAAAAGAGGAACAGGGGCUGAGGAUAAUUGUCCCUGUACAAGCAGAACUAUCGAUGCCUCAAUGCAGCAGCACAAGUUUUGACGUUGAGAAUGGCCUCUCUCCUGGACGCAGCCCACUCGACCCUCAGACCAGUCCUAGUUCUGGGCUGGUGCUGCAGGCAAACUUCGCCCACAGCCAGCGGCGGGAAUCGUUCCUGUACCGUUCCGACAGCGACUACGACCUCUCCCCGAAGAACGUUUCCAGGAACUCCUCCAUCACCAGUGAUGUGAGUAGCUAUUUGAAGGCCCAUCCAAGACCUGUCUUAGCUUCAAGGUACUCAGAACCUGUCCUUGCCCUGACAAUGGGAAACCAUACAGAAGACAUGAUUGUGACCCCAUUUGCUCAGGUGUUGGCUAGUUUACGGACUGUGAGGAACAACUUUGCCACGUUGACAAAUCUACAGGAUUCAGCGAAGAGCAAACGAAAGACAGGAUGCACCUCAGGAAGUUGUCGGCCGAGUGUGUCAGAGGAGAACACCCCCAAACUGGCUGCCGAGACACUAGAGGAACUGGACUGGUGUUUGGAUCAACUCGAAACGCUGCACACGAGGCAUUCUGUUAGUGAGAUGGCUUCCAACAAGUUUAAGAGGAUGCUAAAUCGAGAGUUGACCCAGCUGUCUGAAAUGAGCCGUUCAGGAAACCAGGUCUCUGAGUUUAUAUCCACAACGUUUUUAGACAAACCGCAUGAAGUGGAAAUACCGCGGUUAAGCCCAAGAGAGAAACUGGAUCCCAUGAUACACAUCAGCGGCCUGAAACACAGCACGAGCGUCAUCUCUUUCAGGGAUGUUCCACGCUUCGGAGUCAAAUCUGACCACGAAUUUGAGCUAGAGCGGGAAUUGAAAAAUAUCAACAGUUGGGGUCUGGAUAUCUUCAAAUUGGGGGAAAAUUCUAGCCACCGACCACUAACUGUUGCUAUGUACGCCAUCUUUAAGGAGCGAAAUCUCUUGAAGGUGUUUAGAAUUCCGGCCGUAACUUUCAUCACCUACAUGCUGACACUGGAAGACCACUACCGUUCUGACGUGAGCUACCACAACAAUUAUCACGCUGCAGACGUCACCCAGUCUACCCAUGUCUUGCUUCGGUCACCAGCAUUAGAGGCAGUCUUCACAGAUCUUGAGGUAUUGGCUGCAAUUUUUGCCUCGGCAAUACAUGAUGUUGACCAUCCGGGAGUGUCAAACCAGUUCCUCAUUAAUACCAACUCUGAAUUAGCACUGUUGUACAAUGAUACCUCAGUAUUGGAGAACCAUCACUUGGCUGUGGGCUUUAAAUUGCUCCAGAAGGAAAAUUGCAACAUUUUUCAAAACCUGACCAAGAAACAACUCCAAAACCUUCGCAAAAUGACCAUCGACAUGGUCCUGGCAACAGACAUGACCAAGCACAUGAACUUGUUGGCAGACUUAAAGACAAUGGUGGAGACAAAGAAAGUUACAAGUUUAGGGGUCUUACUGCUGGAUAACUACUCCGACCGGAUCCAGGUUCUCCAGAAUAUGGUGCACUGCGCUGACCUGAGCAAUCCCACCAAGCCGCUGCAUCUUUACCGGGCGUGGGUGGAUAAAAUAAUGAUGGAGUUCUUCCAACAGGGAGAUCAAGAGCGCGAACGGGGAAUGGAAAUCAGCCCGAUGUGUGACAAACACACAGCUUCCAUCGAGAAGUCCCAGGUUGGAUUUAUCGAUUUCAUUGUGCAUCCUCUCUGGGAGACCUGGGCUGAUCUGGUUUAUCCUGAUGCCAAAGAAAUAUUGGACAACCUGGAGGACAACCGCGACUGGUUUCACAGCAUGAUCCCUCGCAGCCCGCCCUCCCCAAGCUCUCUGAGCUGGGACGAAGGCAGUAAAGUGGGCGGCGACAAUUUCCUGCUUAAUGCUUCAUUGAACAAGGAGGGGGCAAGCAACAGGAGUAUAACUGCCAGCUCCUUCGACGAGAUGCACAGCUGCAGCAGCCCAGACACGGACUUCUCCGAGUCCUCUGAGACGGUGGAGUCCAGUCAGCCGAAAAUAGGCAGCCCGUUGGCCGGACUCAAAACGUAUCACAGCGAGGUGAGCAAUUCCUCCCCCGAAGAGGGCAGUUCCAAGGAUUCAGGGAGCAGUACACCAGAGAGCAGGUACCAGCCACGCUACACUUACCCUAGCUUCAGGCAGACGGCCCAAUCGGCACAGGGAGAAACCAGUCAAACUCCAGAGGACACGUCGGACGAGUCUGGGGAUAACAAAACACAAGGUCUUGUAGAAGAUGAACAGAACGUUUCAAAUCUUCCACUGGGCACCUAACAAGAUGGAGACAUUGUGUAUUAUAUAAUAAAUUCAUUAUUUUUCUGGUAUCAAAGCACACAAAUCAGCUGUUGCUUUAAGUGUCAAGCUGCUGGGAUCUUCGUUGCGAGCUGGUUGAGGAGGCAGGAGGAAGAGACAAUUUGGCCGGUGGCAACCACAACAAUGAGCAACCAAAAGAAAAAAAAAUGAACUGUGCGGUGAUUUUUUUCCUCCCUCUCUCUGGGCGAGGCGGGGGGAGUAUUUUUUUUUAAAAAGGAGAUCGCAGGCAAGCAACGGCGCCAAACUAAACCUGAGGGAGGAGUAAAGAAAAGUGGACAGAGUCGGGAAGAAAUGUAGUGAAACCAGCUUGGAGAGCGAGUUUUUAUUUUUCAUUUUUCUUUUUUUUAAAAUACCUUCAGCAAAAGUAAACACUGAGAAGGAAAAAGGGUUUAAAAUAUAGCCGGGAAAGAGGGUGCAAGUGGCAAAGGAAGAGCUCAGUAGUCGCUGGUCUGCUGAGAACUGUCGCUCGGACUGGAAAGGGUUAAAAUGUUGGAUCGUGACACUGAGUCGAGCACUGCACUGGACUAGACUGGAGGACACAAGAAAUCAGAUGUCUUUUUAAUUGAAUUGUAAGCUGUCAGCAGCGUGACGAGACUUUUAUUCGGGUACAAAAAAACAUUGAAAAGGGUUCGUCGAUCCUUUUUUAUUUAAAAAGUGAUCUGUAUUUUUCUUAAAUGAAUAUUUUUAGCAAUUUUUUUACACAAUUUGACUUGUGAUUAUGUGAUGGAUUGGACCAUGUUGACUGGUGCCCUUGAUGUAAGUCUGUGUGUGUCUGUCUCCCCCUCUGUGUAUCUUUGUGUUUCUGCAUCUGUGUGUUUCGCACUGUGUACCUUUGUUUGUGUCUUAGUGUGUGCCUACGUAUCUGUGUGUGUGUGUGUGGCAAGUGUGAGUGAGGGAGUCUUUGUGGGCGAGUAUGUAUGAGUGUGAUUGGGGGUUAAAGGUGAGUGAUGGGGGGGAUGUGUGUGUGUCAUUGGGGAGGUGUGAGUGGGAGGAUGUGAUUAGGGGUGUGACAGGGGAACAUUUCACGCUGGUUAAGGUGCAAUUUCAGUUUCCUUGUACGGUCUGCCUCUCUCUCUCUCUCUCUCUCUGCUCCCAGUACAUCAUUUGAAAUUCCACAUUAAUCAUCUGCCCAAACACCAACUUGUACUAGUAUCUAAGUUAAAAGGUAACACUGUGUUUUGAUCAAUUAAUUGAGGGGAGGGAGGAAAUAUUUACCAAACAGCAAACAAAACCUCAUUAUUGUGGACUCAAAGGGUGCAAUUUAAUGCCCUCCCCCGGGGUGAGUUUGGAGGGUUUUAGUCAGGUGGGAGGAUGGCAGAUGAGGGCAUCGCCACCUUCCUGCUUCCACCCUGAUUAAGCCCAAGUGGGAAAGCCUGUGGAUGGCCUUCCUGCCCACUUAAGGGCCUCACCCUGCCCCUGAUUGUAUCAGUUCAAUGGUGGAUUGGAGACUCAACAAGCAAACCUGUGUGGGGUUUCUUGCUAGGUCCUAGGGGCGGGGUCCCUUGCUCAAAGGCACUCGAUACCUGAUCAAGGGACCAUGCCUCAGGUAGGAGAGCCCCUUUGGAAGCAUCCCCCUGCCCUUGCUGCUGACCCUCCUCCCACUAUCACUCACCUGUAGCCUGGGUCCCUCCUCCAUCCUAGGCCUUGUGUGGGUGUCAUACCAGCAGCACCAAUGCAGUUGGCAGCGCUGCCGUUCAAUAGAAUUGCCAGCUUCUGAUUGAUCAAAUCGGCACUUGAUGAGGUGGACCUUCCCGAAAAGAGGCAAAGUGAGGCUUUUGCUGGCUUUCCAGCUGGCGGGCGAGACCCCCGUUGCCUCCAUUAAAUGCCUCCCAAUGUAUGGGGGUGGAGGGGUUUCAGGGAGCCCACCCUCACUGGGAUAGGGGAGGGCAAUGGGGACAUCUUCACAACUCUUAUUGACAACAUGAUAGGAAGAUGAUUUAGGUGGAGUUUGGAGACCAUCACUAACCUUUGAGCCAACCGAAUGGAAUAAGAGGCUGCUUUCACAACAGUCAUUGCAAAGGACGCCUUGGUGUAUUUUUAUGCCUGGCCUUCAAGAUUAUCAUGCACCUUGGAGAUCAGUGUUUGCAGCGAGGUUGAGGGAACUUCGAAUGUGCUGCUUAGCCAUUCAAAAACAGAGAUAUUCCAACAAUAGGUUACAAAUUAAAGGAGAGACACUGUUAAUUGGAUAAACUGAGGUGAGAAUGAAGUUGUCUGUUAUUGCUCUGCAUUAGUUUGAAUGAGCUGUCUUACAAAGUAUUUACAGCACAGAAAUAGGCCAUUCAGCUCAACAGAUCUAUACCAGUGUUAAUGCUCCUCUUCAAUGAAUGAUAGAACUGAAGUCUAAUCAAUACAUACUUUGUAAGCAUUUAAUUACAGAGAUAAACACUGCACACAAGCGCCUCCUAACUUAACCAGCAUAGUUUCAAGCCUGUUAGAUAUAGAAGCACAAAUGAAUCUCCAGGUUAUGCCCACCACCUGAAUACAAAUACGCAAUUAAAAUACAAUUAACAUUCCCAUUAUCCAGCAUUUUUUUUGCUCCCUUGGUGUUUAUCCAGCUUCCCCUUAAAUGUGUCUAUACUAUUCACCUGAUGAGUUCCACAUCUCACCACUCAGUAAAGAAGUUUCUCCUGAUUGCGUUUUUUGGUGACUAUUUUAUAUUUAUGGCCACCAGUUCUGGUCACCCCACAAGUGCAAAAAUCUUCUCUCUAUCUACCCUGUCAAACCCUUGCAUAAUAUUAAUGACCUGUAUCAGGUCACUCCUCAAUCUUUUUUCUAGAAUAAAAAGAGUCUCAGCCUGUUCAAACUUUCCCAUAACUUUUCAGUCCGGUAUCAUCCUAGUAAAAGCUUUUUUACAUCUUCCCCGGCGGCUCUAUAUCCUUUUUAUAACAUGGAGACUGGAGCUGCAAGUGUAGUCCAAGCAAAGUAUAUGGAGACUGAAAAGAAAGCCCCUUUCUGUCUUGGACCUCCUUGCUGUCGCGAGAAAACAAUAUCUCAAGCUGAUUAAAGUUGCGCGGCAAAACCAGGGAUAAUUGCAGCAACUGAAUUCCUGACACAUGCUUGAAAUGUAGGAGAUGGAAACAAAGGCUACCAGUAAGGGUGGGCAGGGUUUGUAAGCAUUUGUCUUCAAUCAGGAUUCCAAAAGAAAUAGGGCAUUCACACCAUGCGCAGAGAUACUUUAAUGGUCAAACUCCCUAUUCUCCCUACCUCCCACAUCCGGAUUAAUUCAGGUCCCAAAUUUACUUUGAGAUGCUUUCAAUUCGUCGAAACCAAAGGUCAGUUUUUGAGCUCUACCAGUCAAGAUGACCCCCGCCCACCUCAACCCCGAUGUGCUUCAAUCUCCACCUGACAUUCCCAUUUUGCCCAAACAUCAUUCCAUUUGCUGUUCUGCACAUACGCUUGUCCAGCGUAUCCGUUUCACGCUCAUCCAGAGCGUGACUUUAGCAAGGCUGUGGAAGGGGAAAACCACAGUGUGGAGUAACAGUAUUGAAAUCCGAGGUGGCGGACUUUAAAGCAAUGAAGUAUCUCGUUUUAAAGGGGUGGUAUCAUGCACAAUUUGGAAGGCCAACUCGAGGAUCGAAAGCUUGCUACACGACCCCUUUAAUGCUUAUAAGGUAUGUGAUACUGAGCUUGAUUGUGGCAAUGCUUUAGAAUAGAAUGACUUCUUUGUUUGCGUUAGGCAGGUAAAAGGUCAUUUGAGGGGCUGUUUCAGGAACAAGGUAGAAUCUAGCGGACCGGUUCUGUCCAACAGGAUCACACUUUGACAUCUGUUUCUUUCUGACUCUAGUAGCAGCAUCAGGGCCUUCAACAUGCAGGAAGGUCAGAGGUCAAUAAUAGCAAGAUUGUGAAGGUUUUUUUAAAAAUGAUUCGUUCUCGGGAUGAAUGUUGCUGGCGAGGCUGGCAUUUAUUGCCCAUCCCCUAUUGCUUCUUGAGAAGGUGUCAGACAAGCCCCUCUUUCCAAAUUGCUGCAGUCCAAGCAGUGAAGGUGACCUCAUGGUGCAGAUAAGUCAGAAGUUCCAGGAUUUUCCAGCGAUGGUUGUCGACUGGGAUAGGUGAGCCUUCGCUGUGACCUGAUUCAGAGCCUAGGUCACGGUUUGGGGGCUGUCCAUCUGCUAUUACUCUUUGUUGGGGAUCACUAAGCCACUUCCAAGGGGAGUUAAGCAUCAACCAGUUUUUGACGUGUUCAUAAACAUAAUGUUUGUCAUUGCAACCAUCUCCCUUCUGAUUAUCCCUUGGGCAGCAGAUGUUUUCCCUGAGAUUGGAACCAUUCACUGUUUUAAACAGCCAACUGGAAAGGGAAAAAUAACUUGGGCUUGUGUCAAGCCAUUUGUAUAUAAUCCAUCAGCUCAAUGAUUUGGAUAUUCCUCUUGAGCUCAAGAGCUUUGAGUUUGGAUCAAGCUUGGACCCCUUCAUUCACUGUUCUAAAGUAGAUGAACUGUGAAAAGUCUGAAAUCUCUCGUGAAUGUCUCUCCGGUUGGCUGACUGCAGGAGGAAAGUGCGAUGAGAGCAGAAUCUCAACACUUCUCCAUGCAAAUCAGUGGUUAACCCAUAUCCUGACUGGUCUCCUGCCUUAUAAAGACAGCGGUCAGCCUGCUGAAAGAAUCCAGAACAACUCGCAUUCACAUUAGACAGUUCCAAGUUCCUGUUGGAAAAAGUCAGUAGGUCUAACAGCACCUGUGGACAGAAGAACAGAGUUAACGUUUCGAGUCCGUGUGACUCUUCUUCAGACUUCACACGCUCUGAAGAGGAGUCAUAUGUUAACUCUGUCUUUCUCUUCACAGAUGCUGUUAGACCUGCUGAGUUUUUCCUGUAUUUUCUGUUUUUGUUUCAAAUCUCCAGCAUCCGGAGGAUUUUGCUUUUAUCCAAGAUUCUGUUUCUGCGCGAAUGCUUUUAAUUGCAUUCCCUCAGAUUGGCAAAUAAGCUCUGAGAAAGUUCUCUCAUUCUCUUCGGCACGAGAGUGGAAUUAACCCUUUCCCCUUGCAAAUAAGAUGAGGUUCAACACCUGGCAGGUGGAUCCGAUUUUUUUUCAAAUGCUGUCCUUUAAUUUGGAGCCCAUAUCUAAAGAACCCCAGCUCUCGAUGGGGCCAUGUGCCUUUGGAAGAGCCUGCCAUUCAAUAGUCACCAUCGGUUACUGUCAUCUGUUAACUCUCAAUGUUAAGGCAAAUUCAGCCUAUCUCUGGUACACUUUACAUAGCUUGCAAUUGCUGCAAGUGAGACACUUAACAUACUGUCACACUUUCCCAGGCACCCUUAGUUAAUAGAAGAGAAUUUGGUUUAUCCAGUAAAUCAAUAGCCCUCGGGCAGCUCAUUCUCCGAUACAACACUCCACUCUUAAACACGAGUCAUCCAUCUCAACGUGAGGAACGCACGGAGAGUUCCAGUUGUAAGAUCCACAGUGGCCUCAAGUUAUUUUUUUCUUACUUUAACUCUCCCUCCCAUUCCCCGCCCUCACUUUGCAAGCUCAAACCUUAUCUCUGUGCCACUGAGUUUCUCUUAGACAUUGGGCAUAGGCAUAAGUGCUGCCAUGCGCCAACCGAGGCCAGAAUCCGAAAUGAAGCACUAAGCCCUGACGCUACGCCACAUAAGACAGGGCAAAGUGGUCACUGGAUAACUGAGAUACGUGGCCACCCCACAAUCGCCAGUGCCACCAGCAUGCUCCCUGUCUGUAUCCACUUAGCAUGUGCCAUUCCAUCUUCAAGCAACCUUUUAAUGGCCUUCCGAGCUGAGCUCAGUGCACACAUACACGUGUAAAGAAAUGAAACUUGGUUUCCCAUUCAUUACAGAACAGAAGCAGAGCAGAUCUUAUCAGUCAAAGAAAAUGUCUUUUCACGCAAAGCUUUUUAACAAAGGAAAAUAUUUAUGGCAGCAUGGGAGAGGUGCCAGCAUGGAGUUAAUGGUUCACAAUCACUUUGUUAUGUACAAAUAUUAAUGACCAAGAUACAUAGAAUUUUUUUCAGCACUCUCGAUUUUAACAAUUUCUUUCCCCUCGCCUGUUUUCAAUUUGUAUAAUUGUUGUAAUUAAGUUCAUUAUUUAUUCCAGUCUGUAUAAUAGCAUCUUUCCUAGGGAAGUGGUGCGGGGGUCCCUGUUAAGCUCUGAUUUAGAGUAUGACCAGUAUCUAUACCUGUAAGUUGUUGUAGAUGUAAUAUAUGCACAAACUGCUGAAUAUAAAGUUUUCAAUAAUA